AUGCGGAACGAGGUUUUCCUGGAAUGCUUGGUAGUGUUGAUUGUAUGCAAUGGUCGUGGAAGAAUUAUCCGGUAUAAACAUAGUAGUUUGGUAUUAGAGGCGGUGGCAUCAUACGAUUUGUGGUUUUGUCAUGCUUUUUUUGGAAUGCCUGGAUCAAACAAUGAUUUGAAUGUGUUGGCACACUCACCCCUUUCUGAUAACAUGCUAAAGGGUGUAGCACCUCCAUGCAAUUAUGUCAUCAAUGGUCACCACUACAAUAUGGGUUAUUUCUUAGCCGAUGGUAUCUAUCCAAAGUUGACUACAAUUGUACAAUCUUUCUCUCAGACAUUAGACACUCCCGACAUUGUGAGAUUCAACAAGUAUCAAAUGGCUAAAAGAAAGGAUGUCGAGCGUUCUUUUGGAGUGCUUCAGGGUAAAUUCAGAAUUGUCGGAUCUCCAUGUAAGUAUUGGCAACAAUCUGACAUGAACCAAAUUAUUAAAUAUUGUCUAAUUUUACACAAAAUGAUUAUCGAGCAUGAAUGUCGGGAUACAGAUUGGGGCAGAGUUGUUCCUGUUUCGAUUCCGGAACCUACCAAUAAUGGUUGUAUAUUUAUGUCAUCUCUGAAAAACCUAGAAAUGCACCUACAACUAAGAAAUGAUCUUGUCAAGCACGUUGUUGUGCGUCCUGGUAGAGGAGGCCAGACAACGGACUUGUCUAGUUUAGAGGGUUCAGAUAUGGAAUACGUGGUACUUCCAUCAUUAGAAGGAGAUUAUGAAGAUACAGACUUAGAAGAAGAAGUUGUUCCUGGUCAAAACAAGGAUUGA